AGCAACGCCGCAUUUCUACUGAUUUUAUAUAGUUUCAAAUAUAAUGUGUCGCACUGAUAUAUAAAUGUUUCUGUCAACAUUUACGAAUCGAUUGACAAAUUGUAAAAAUUUCAUGUCCUCGCAUUCUUUAUCGCAGUAAUUUAUAGAUGAGCUGUAUCAUUUUAUAGUGUGCCGUGAUUUUUCAAGGGUUUGUUUUCGGGGCAAUAAAGUAUGACAAUGGGCGACAACAAAAACGACAAUAGCUAGCCAUGCAUAUGCCAGUACUCUCACAUAAAUCUGGCAUACGUAUUGCAUUUAUCUUUAUUACACAUAAAUCACAGGUACUGCAUCACUUCUCAUGUAUACAUAUCGCACACACGGUUGUUAUCUAGCUUGCACAAAAAGCACACACAUUGUUGUUAUAGUUCAUGAAGGAAAAACACAUUCUCCGCAGUUUACUUCAUACGUCGAAUUCACUCUACAUCCUUUUCAUUCGAAGUGUCUAUGUGGAACAUUGCGGCUUAUAAAUCCUGAACAAAUCAAUCGAGGUGACGAUGUGAGACUCGAGUUCUCAAGCACAUAUAUAAGGAAUGAUACAAGUUUAGUCAGAUGGUGGAAAUAUCUCCAAAAGAAGCCGAAUCCCAUUGAUACCACCUUGCAGCGUUUUCACAUUGAUGGUCAACAAGCCCGUGUCAUAUUGACAAUACAUAACGUCACAGAUGAGGAUAACGGUGGUUAUACAGUGACUUUAAACAGCGUACAGUGUUCACCACCGAGGACUACUUUAGUUACAGUGAAAGAGCCAAAGGUCCUUUCGAUAAUUCCCCAAUUCCCUGACAAUGUUACCAUCCCAGAGUUGGAUUGUGAACGAUGCUUGGUGGGAACGGUUGGCGUCUAUAUGAACGUGGAAUGUAUUGUGGUUGGAAUCAGCCAGAAAUACUUGGGCAUGGAAUUGAAGCUAACGAAAAAUGGAAGUAUACUUCCCAAUGUGACCGUGGAAGGGUCUCCAUGGUAUCGAGCAUUUUAUGGAUACAUUCCGAGUGGAGAAGAUACAGAUCAUACCGUUACUUGCGAGGCUACUAGAGAUGGCGUACACCCAAAAACCGUAUCAAUCAAUCUCAUCGUUUUGCGGAAACCAUCAGUUCCUGCAAUAACAUUAUCGGAAUCAAUUAAAGAAGGAAAACAUGCACAUAUUUCUUGCAAAACCUUCAAUGCCAGACCAAAGCCAAGACUGUACUUCAUGUACGAUUCAACAACUUACAAUACAAGCAGCAGCUUUUCAAAAAUGAAAGACGAUAAAACAGUUGAUGCUGAAACAAUCUUAGAAAAAACUUUCAGCCGUUAUGACAAUAAUAGGAGUGUAAUGUGUUGCGUUGAGUUUAUGGCGUAUUACAACAACAGACUGAAAACGUAUUGCUCGACUUCUGCCAUUGAUGUUUUAUUCCCAACGAAGUUUCUACAGCUUGAAGAAUUAAAGAGAACCAACGACUUAGAAGGUAAUACAAGACUCAUGUUGCAGUGUACAAGCGACGUAUCUAAUCCAGUUAGUAAAAUAAGAUGGAACAUUUCGUCAAAUGUGAAUAAAUAUGAAACCUCCCAUAAAAAGAAAACAGAUGAAGAAUUGUCUGGACAUAUAAGGACUAAGAUUUUAUCUGCCAACCUCUCACGACAUAACAAUGGAGAAACACUAUCGUGUUACUUGGAAAAUCCUGCGUUUCCAGAGAUCAAAGUAAUCGAAAACUAUAAACUAAACAUUACAUACAAACCGUUCAUCAGUUUUUCCAAUGAAGAAUCCGUACUAAGGUCCUUUGAUGACAGUGUCAACGUGUUAUGCAAAGUUGACGCAAAUCCAUUUGCCAAGAUCGAAUGGCUGAACACGUCUUUGAGAGAGAUCGGUAGUAAAACAGAAAGUAGUCUUGAAUUAAAGAUUCGAGUUCCAUCAAGUGGCCAUUAUAAUUAUUCAUGUAUGGCAGAAAACACAAUUGGUUCGGCAGUAAAUGCAAUUGCUGUUUUCUUGGUCAAAGAUCAGCGACUAUCGACACCAAGCGCUCAUACUUGUAACGACGUCUCCACCUCCAUGUUGAUCGGAAUUGUUUGCGGUAUUUUGGCCGUUCUGACUGUUGUUAUUUUAUUUGUCGGGGGCGUCGUUGUAUCAAAAAGACGACAGAAUACACCGAGGAGCGAGGAAUAUGCCGAUUUACAUUUACAGGAUCAACAUUUGUGCUGUGCACGUCAUCACUGAUGGUUCACAGUCACCUGAUGGCCAACAAACACAAACUUAUGAUUGUGUAAAGUGAGCCGAUGAAGGACAGUUCCAUGUUGCAUGCAGGUAAAUUAGCCAACUAUGAAACUUGGAUUAAAUGUCCACCACAUUCUGUAACGUGCAGAACCCAUAUUCUGGACGAGCCGAUUCUGGGUCAAGGUCACAGAUUAAAACCUUGGUUCGAGCCAUACGUUUCAUGUCUAAUCCACACCUCGUAUUUUACAGGCACGCCUGCUGACGAUCAACGUCAUCGUUAAUUGUAAAAAAAGAAAAUCGAGUAAUAUAUUUUAUGUCCGCUUUACAUCUCAGAUAUCCCUUGAAUGGGGUAAAAUAUAACCCAAAUUCAUACAGCAUGCAUAUCUGUUUAAGAAGAAAGAUUUAAGUCGUAGGUUUAAUGUCGUCUUUAUAUCUCCUUAUCCUCGUGAUGGAUUUUAAUGAAACUCUGGUCAAAAUUCUAUCAUCUGGAGACAAUAUGAAGAAACCCAUUCUCAGGUGCGCCGGCUUAAGGUCAAGGUCAAACACCGUUUAGACCUGAUAUUACAGGCGAACCGGCUCAAGGCCAAGGCCGGAGUUUAAUGUGAAAGGUUUGAGCCAUAUGUGUUAGGUCUUUUCUAUAUAUCAUAAAUCAAAUGAAGGAUUUUGAUAAAAUUGUGAUAAAAUGUUCAUCUUAUCAAGACAGCGUGCAGAAGCCUUAUUCCAAACAUGCUGCCUCAAUAUCAUGAUCAGUGUUCAAGGUCAACAUUCGAGCCAUAUUGUUCAUGUUGACUCUUUCUCUUCUUAACCCAUUGAAAGUUUUCUUUACACGUAAACAUAACAAACAGGCAUGUUAGACAUCUUAACAAAGCAUUCCACGUCCGAUUUCAGUUGAAAUAAAAAAAAUAUAUAUGCAAAGUCCAACAAUCUUAUCUGCAAUGCACUUUCGGUCAUCUAGUUCAAAUAAUAGUUAUCCGUCAUUUAUCUGUACACGACAUAUUUCCACACAUCGUUAUCAUGCAGAUGCCAUACUGAAUAAACUUUAACUUUUUUCUUGUAUUGUUAAGGAAAUGGACAAACCUUGUUAUUAAAGCUGAUCAAUUUGAUUCCGAGCAUUUUCAGUCAAUGCUGUUGCGAAAGUUACCUUUAUUAUCAUCGUCUUUUAUCAUACUGCAAGAAGCGUAAUUUUUUUUAUUACAAGCCGACGUAGAAAAUCAAGUCCAAGCUGAAUGUUUUAAUUACCUACAGAAACUUCUACUAAACUGCAACCAACACUGAAAAUAGUACAGCAAAAUGACUCAGUACCUUCCUGUCGACUGACAGCUGACUGACAGGGGCGUAACUGGACUUGAAUUGACGUGAAGGCCCAGUAUGCUAUUGGAUCACGCGAAUUCACGCUCAACAUAAGCCCUGUUUCAUUUUGCAGUUUGAAAAUAUAGAUAAAAACAUGUUUAAAUGCUCUACAUGUAUUUAAAUUUACUCACGACCAUAUGAACGGAUUUGUAAAAAAUGUUAAUACUCCAUUUAAUUUGUUUCAUUACAUGUAAUCAUAACUUGUUCAACUACUGGAUUACACUAUGGGGUAGUUUGUUAAAUUACAUUAGGUAUAAAACACUUCAAUUGGUUUCAUAAACACCAACUUGGACCUAGUAAUUUCAAUUAUUGUCAGGAUUUAAUAAUCUCUGCUUUAGUGAUAACAUGCACUCAUUCAAGUUGUGCUCAAUUACAUUGAUACAUUAUGUAACUGAAUAAAAUCACAAUUAUUGAAAUCAUAUUGAUACAUCUCAGGACCAAUUUACUUAAAAAUGAAUAAUUACUUUAACUUAUGGGUUAAUAUGCGAUCUGAUAUGGAGUAUACCUGGCAAUGGAACCAUAUGGUUUCAUGCGCCCCAUCGGGUCGCCUAGUACCCUCGUAACGAAUAUAUCACGUCAACAACCUGUUUACAUUGACCAAUUUAUUAAUUGAAAAGUUUGCAUCCUUUCAUCGGAAUCGUUAAAUAGACGCCAUUUUGGUACGAUAUAAAGAUUGGUGACCCAAUAAGAACACACAUUAGGUCACCACGUGACCAGUCCUGGACAAACGGCGUUGUGUCAUUUAUGUUUGAUGCGUCAUAUACGUGUUUAUGAAAAUGAGUCUGGCGUCAUUUCUAUAAAAAUGUAUAAAACAAUUAUAUAUAUUAAUGCUACUGUGUCGUUAAUGUAAAUUGUAAAUUUGUCCAUGUUUAAAUUGUUUAGUUAUCUUGUUUGUAUUUUAUAUUUGUUCUUCGUAUAUGCUUUUCUUUAUUUAUGGCAGAUAACAGGGAUACAGUUCAUCGAAGGAAUUGCUGUACACAUUGAAAGCAUCCUUUUUGACCUGGAAACGUCUUAUAACCUAAACCAAUUUAACAAAUAUUGAGAAUCGCACAACAAUUUACUAUUUAUGGUCGGAAAUUGAACAACAUAGCCAGGUUCAAUCAUUCGUUUUUUUUUGGUCUUUGUAUUGAUACUUAAAGACUUUAUUAUGGUAUGGUUUCUUCAUUGUUGUGUUUUGUAAAAUUGGUGCCAUUUAACAAGACUAUCGUUAAAUGAAAGUUUAUAUAACAGUUGACAUUAUAAUAUACAUUUUGUAUUUCAAUCAGUUUUGAUGCUGUAGUUUGUCUUUAUUUCUCGUGUAUGUUUGUAUCUUGGUAUGGAAAAAAGCGCUUUACAAAAGA